AUGCCGCUCAAGUCCCCGAAUUCGAAGUCAUUGGAAAUCUUGAUUCCGUCAUCCGCUCCCAUUCUUAUGAUAAGAAAUGCAUCAUUUUUGUAUAUUUCUGGAAGAUACAGAGAUAAGCAGUUGGUCACUGAUAGACCACCCUUCCGCUGCUCUUCUCUCCACAGUUUGUUGUUCUUAACGCCAACUCAGAUUAUUUCGGGGAGUUUUUCGAUAUUAUCGCAUUUACUGAAUAAGAAGGGACAGUAUUCACUGCGAUUACCUGCUAUAGUUCCUUCUAAAAUGUUGGAAUCUUGCUGGGUUAAAACAGGCAGCGCUAGUUCUAGUUUUGGGAGGAAUUAG